CUCCAUGGCGUUGUCAACAAUGAACGAGAAAGUUUUGUUGUACUGAUAAGUGUUUAAUUAAUUUAAAAGUAAUUUUUUGUUUGCAUAGUUAGUUGUAAAUUAAUGUAAAAUGAACGGUCUAAGUUUAAGCGAGUUGUGUUGCUUAUUUUGUUGUCCACCUUGUCCUAGCAGAAUAGCAGCCAAAUUGGCUUUUCUACCCCCAGAACCAACUUACGAAUUUGUAUCCGAUGAAAACGGAAAAUGCAGUUUUGUUCUGACAGAAAGAGCGGAAUGGCAGUUUUCCGAGCGAGAAAAAGAAAAUGUAGAAGUAUUUUUCACAAGAACAGACAGAGGGAACAGGAUUGCCUGCUUAUUUGUUAGAUGUAGUACCACAGCUAGGUUUACCAUAUUAUUUUCACAUGGAAAUGCCGUUGAUCUCGGACAAAUGAGCAGUUUCUAUCUUGGCCUAGGCUCAAGAAUAAACUGCAAUAUAUUCAGUUAUGACUACUCUGGAUAUGGUGUCAGUGGAGGGAAACCAUCUGAAAAAAAUCUCUACGCAGACAUUGAUGCUGCUUGGCAAGCUCUAAGAACCAGGUACGGCAUCAGUCCAGAGAACAUCAUUCUCUAUGGCCAAAGCAUUGGCACUGUUCCUACUGUAGACUUGGCUGCAAGAUACGAAGUCGGGGCUGUGAUUUUACAUUCACCUCUCAUGUCGGGAAUGAGAGUUGCCUUUCCUAACACUAAAAGAACCUGGUUCUUUGAUGCCUUUCCAAGUAUUGAUAAAGUUCCCAAAGUAAUGUCACCAACACUCAUUAUUCACGGCACGGAGGAUGAAGUAAUAGACUUUUCCCAUGGACUGACUAUUUAUGAAAAAUGCCCCAAAGCUGUUGAUCCUCUAUGGGUUGAGGGUGCAGGUCAUAACGACGUUGAACUGUACUCGGUGUACCUGGAGCGACUGAGGCAGUUCGUGAUGAACGAGCUAGACAACUGACAGCCGGUGGACGUGAGCGAAGAGGUGACAUUCAGUUGCAGCACGCCUAGCUCGACGGUGGGCGAGAAGCUGCUCUAGCCCGGGCGGCCGGCGACGGCGGGGCAGAGGAAAAAGCCGCCGCCACCGCCGGCUUCCAAAGCCGCCUCGAUCAAAACGACGUCGACGGCGAAGGCCGGCUUGACGAGGACGCAUUGUCGCAGCGUGCCGCCCGUUUGCCUUGCGUUGUGUCGCUGCAUUUUGCUGGAGACCUCUUGCUAGCUCUUGUACAUAUAAUGUUGUUACUGUGGACUAUUAUUUUCUAAGGAACAAAAAUAUUUACUAUCCCAAGACAAUCUUUUUCAAAGUGAUGCAAUAUAUUUUAAUUCGUCAGUGUGGAUUAUUCAUCGAUAAUGUGUUCUUAUUCCUUUUUUAAUCUAAUAUUAACGGCGAACAAUUUUAACCACAAAAAAAUAAGCAAAACAUAACAGGGGCAUUUUUUUGUGGCCCGGGGACAACAUACGGACCCCGAAUUUUUGUCCGCCUAACGUCAUGCAUACUGUGACCUAUUGUUAGAUCUGAUUACUAAAUAAAUAAUUUAUUUUGAUUCUUUAUCGUCGAACUUACUCGUUACUUGUAAUUUUAAUUCAUUAUAAAAGGCAAUGCAACUUAACGAAAAUUUAGCAUGUCAAUUACUAGGUUACCUCGGUUACUUAACUACUGCCUCACUAAUUAACAUGCCACACAUGUUAAUUAACAGGUUAUUAAUAUUUUAAAUUUGUGCAAUAAUUUUUUUUAAACAAGAGUAAGAUUCACAUAAAGACCAGUUUUGUUCUGUUUUGUAUGUCUAUUUAUUACCAUAAUUGUUAUUUGGAGUAAAUAAUUUAAGCCAAGUUAUUAAUAUACUACAAAAUAAUUACAUCACUCCUUAAAUUAACAUGCAAUUGAUUAAAAG